AGGCUGAGAGCUGGGCAGCCCAGCCAUGUCAGAGCAAGCUUCCCUUCAGACUGGAGCAGGGGCAGCUGACCACCAGCUUCACCGGGGAGCGGGGAGCUCGAGGCAGUCCUGCCAGAGAAGUACAGUCCAAGUGCCUGGGCUCCUGAGGCUGAAUUCCAGUGGCAAGCAUGGCCAAGUCUGAGGAUCACUCUUUGCGGAUCGUUCUGGUCGGGAAAACUGGAAAUGGGAAAAGCGCCACAGCCAACACCAUUCUUGGGGAACAAAUCUUUGAUUCUAGAACCGCUGCCCAUACUGUCACUGAGACCUGCCAGCGGGCAUCCAGAACCUGGAAGGAGAGGGACCUCGUGGUGGUGGACACCCCGGGGCUCUUUGACAGCAAGGAGAAUCUGCAGAACAACAUCGUGGAAUUCAGCCGAUGUGUCCUCUAUUCCUGCCCAGGGCCUCACGCCAUCAUCCUGGUUCUGAGGCUGGGCCGAUACACAGAGGAAGAGCAGGAAACUGUUGCUUUGAUCAAGGCUGUCUUUGGGGAGGCCGUCAUGAAGCAUUUGAUUGUUUUGUUCACGUGCAAAGACUAUCUUGAGGGCUGCAGCCUUGAUCACUUCCUAAAAAGAUCGGAUGCAAACCUACAAAGCAUCAUUCAGGAGUGUGGGGGCCGCUAUUGUGCCUUCAGCAACAGAGCAGAGAAGGCUGAGAAGGAAGAGCAGGUGCAGGAGCUGGUGGGGCUGAUAGAGAGCAUGCUGCAGCUCAGGGGAGGGGCUCACUUUUCUGAUGCCAUCUACAUGGAUGCAGAGCAAAGCCUGCAAGAAAAGGCAGAGCUCUUGAGGAAGCAUUACACAGAGGAGUUAGAAAAGGAGCUCGGAGCAGCCAGGGAGACAUACACUCAGAUGUGCAAGAAGAGUAUGCAGGAAAAGGAAGCCAAAAUACAAUCAAUUAAGGAGAAGUACGAGGCAAAAAUAAGAAACAUCAGGGCAGAGGCAGAGACAAAUAUAUUUACCCAGAUUUGUGAGAUAAUUAAGAGAAUGCUUUUCAAAAUACGCCAUUUUUUCAGGAGAUAAUGUGUAUAUCCGCUUUAUUCUGUCUGCACUUACCACGAGCCUUCUUUCACAUCACCCCCUCUCUUCCCCGUGGCAGCCCUUCUGCAAGCAAUGUGAGCAGGAACAGAAUUAAGAAAUCGCCAGAUUGUCCUGUGCUGGCCUCAGAACCCAUGGUGAGCUCUCCCAGUCUGACUUGUGUACUCUGCACUCAGCACCUAGAGAGGACAGCAGAGGCAACACCCUGCCUUUUUGAAUCAAGUGCCUACCCCUGUUCUGAAUUCCGUCCUUUCCAAGAAUCCCAACAGGGACCUGGUAGGAAUGUAUUUUUCUAAAAUGCCCUGAUCUAUGAUUAGACGGAUAUGGUGGACACAUAAAGAAGUAGUAAUCCUAAGACAUACAUGCUGAUGUCUGAGAGCCAUGAACUUGCAAAGCAAUGCCUGGGGUUUAGUUGGGCUUUUAUUGUGAGUGAGCGAAAGUGUCACAAUGAGUGUCUCCACCAGUG